AAUCAACUAAUAGUAUCAUUUCUAUUUUUAGGUUACAAAAAAACACUUUUUCCCAAAUAAGUAGUCGGGCAUGAACAACCCACAGAACCUUUAGGACUAUAUAUGAUGCAUUUAGUUCGGUAUUUUGAAAAUGUAUGUUAAGUUCCGAGCAGUGAAUAUAUAGAACUCAGCUACUUAUUUUUCUGCAUAUAUCCAAGGAAGUUAACAAUAUGAUGAAGCCACUUAAAAUUGCAGUUAUCGGAGCAGGAGCUGCCGGGCUUGCUACCGCCCGUGAAUUUAAAAAAGAAGGUCAUGUGGUAGUGGUUUACGAGAAAUCCGAUCGAGUUGGAGGGAUUUGGGCUUAUGAUCCACGGGUGGAGGAGGAUCCCUUAGGCCUUGAUCCAAACCGCGAGAUCAUUCAUAGCAGCCUUUAUCGUUCGGUUAGGACAACCAUCCCGAGAGAGCUUAUGGGUUUUUUAGAUUAUCCAUUUAAUGUGAAGGACAAGAAUGGUGUUUUCCAAGCAUUUCCUGGACAUGAAGAGGUUUUCCAGUUCUUGAACAAUUUUGCUCGAGAUUUUAGGCUGAUGGAGCUGAUUAGGUUUAGUAUACAAGUAGUGCGAGUUGAACAGUUGGAGAAUGGAAAGUGGGUUGUUGAAGGGAAACAUGAAAGAGAUGGAAUUAUUGUCAACUCAGAAGAAUGGUUUGAUGCAGUUGUGGUUUGUAAUGGCCAUUUCACUCAACCCAAACUAGCAAAACUUCCAGGAAUUGAAAAAUGGCCAGCAAAGCAAAUUCACAGUCACAAUUAUCGAGUUCCAGAGCCAUUUCGCGAUCAAUGUGUCAUUGUUGUUGGUGAUGGACCAAGUGCCCAAGAUAUCUCACUAGAAAUUUCCACCGUGGCCAAAGAAGUUCAUAUUUCAUCCAGAGCCCCGGGAAUUAAUGUGUCAAAGAAAAUGGAAAAGUUCGAUAACUUAUGGCAGCAUCCCAAAAUAAAAUAUUGCUACAAAAACGGUGAAGUCGAAUUUGAAGAUGAAACUUUAACUAGUGCAGAUGCCAUUGUUCAUUGCACCGGGUACAAGUAUGCUCUUCCUUUCCUUAAAACCAAUGGUGUUGUAACUAUUGAUGAUAAUCGAGUCGGACCUUUAUAUAAACACAUGUUUCCUCCACAAUUGGCACCCACACUUUCUUUCGUGGGGAUUCCGAAUCGAGCAAAUAAUUUCCUUAUGAUGCAAAUACAAGCAGAGUGGGUAGUGUGUGUUUUAUCGGGAAAGGCGUUCUUGCCUUCAAAAGAAGAAAUGUUGGAGGAUGUAGAAGAACAUUACAAGCAAAUGGAGAGCAUGGGAGUUCCUAAACAUUAUACACAUCAACUGCCCUUAAACCAGUUUGAGUAUAUAGAUUGGGUCGCUGCUCAAGCUGGACUACCACCCAUCGAUGACAAAACAAAAGAGAUAACUGCAAGAUUAUACAACAUUUACGGCGCUUCAUGGGUUGGAUAUAGAGACAAAUACCUUCAAAUUACAAGGAAGCUCAAUGCAUUAAAAUAAAACUUAAAACAAAACCAUCAUUAGUUAGCAAUUAGCAAUAAUUUAAUCACAUGAAAAAUGAAAAGUUAGAUUUUAGCUGCGUACUCUUUUUUUGUUGUAAUUCUUAAUCUUCUUUGUUUAUAGUCAUUAAUGUUGUUAUUUAUUUUGACAAAGAAAAGAAAAGAAAAAGAAAAAAGCUCCACAUUUACAUAGGCCCG